AUGUCAACUUCAGAUACUGCUACUCAAGAUAAAAAAUGCUCUUGUUGCAAAAAGAUCAAACCAAUUACAGAAUUUAUAAGGCAAAACAAAAAUAAACCUUUUGCCAGAUGCAAUUCUUGUGCUGAAGAAGAAAGGCAAAAAAAGCGUGCAAAGAAACUUAAAUUAUCUAAGACUAAACAAACUCCAACUACUUCUUUAAAUGUUGAAGAGUUAUUUUAUUCUUCAAAUGUUGAAAUUUCAUUUGUUUCCUCAAAUAUUAAAGCACAAUCUCUUCACUCUGAUAUUGAAAUUCCAUCCUCAAAUAUUGAUGUUGAAGUUCCAAAUCCAUCUCUUCUUUUUGAAAUUGAAGAUGCAUUUCUAUAUAAUAUAUGCGAUCUUGAUGAGCUUAUAGCUACCAAAUUUAAGGAUAAUAAAGAAUUGGAUGACAGUGUUGAGUUUUCAGUAAUAGUUGAACUCGAAAGUGAGUUAGUAAAUGAUAAAAAUAUAUCUUUAGAAUUUAAUCAACAAAUAGAAGAAAAAAAGUUUCGUAAUAUAGUUAAAUCAUUGCUCAUACCUAUACAAUCAGGAUCUGGAUAUUACUGGGAACUUUGA